UUACUCUCUCCUGCUUCCUAGUCAAAAAAAAUCAAUACCUUCUUCUUCUUCGCUCUCUCUCUCUCUCUCUCUCUCUCUCUCUCGUCUUGUCCUUUUGCUUUACUCUCACACGCACCAUAGCUACGGAACAGACAUGGAUGCGAGUAGCUGCGUGGAUGAAAGCACUACGAGUGAUUCGGUGUCCAUAUCGCUUUCUCCGGCGAAUACUACUGUUUCCCUGCUCGACGUGACGCCUCAAAAGUCAUCGCCGCCGCUGCCAACCAACAGUCUCUGCCGGGUCGGCAGCGGUGCCAGCACUGUUGUGGAUUCCGAUAGCGGCGGUGAAGCUGAGUCCCGGAAACUGCCGUCGUCCAGGUACAAGGGUGUGGUGCCGCAGCCCAAUGGACGAUGGGGGGCCCAGAUAUACGAGAAGCAUCAGCGCGUUUGGCUGGGCACGUUCAAUGAGGAAGAUGAGGCUGCGAGAGCCUACGACAUCGCCGCCCAGAGGUUCCGCGGCAAGGACGCCGUCACCAACUUUAAGCCCCUCAACGGGAACAGCUCCGACGACGAUAUUGAGACCGCGUUCCUUAGCUCGCAUUCCAAAGCCGAGAUCGUGGACAUGCUGAGGAAGCACACCUACAAUGACGAACUCCAGCAGAGCAAGCGCAACCGCAGAUUGGCCGGUGGAAGCUUAGGGAAGUUGCGAAAGGACGACGGCGGAGGGUUGUGCUUCGAGCGGACUCAGAAAGCGCGGGAGCAGCUGUUCGAGAAAACCGUCACGCCGAGCGACGUGGGAAAGCUGAAUCGGUUGGUGAUACCCAAGCAGCACGCGGAGAAGCACUUCCCGUUGCAGAACGGAGGCGCUUCUUGCCCGGCGGCCAAGGGGGUGCUUCUGAACUUCGAGGACGAUGGAGGGAAAGUGUGGAGGUUUCGGUACUCGUAUUGGAACAGUAGCCAGAGCUACGUGCUGACGAAAGGUUGGAGCCGGUUCGUGAAGGAGAAGAACCUGAAAGCCGGCGACGCGGUCAGUUUCCACAGGUCAACCGGACCGGAACGCCAGCUCUACAUUGACUGGAAAGGCCGGAAUAACCAGAGAGUAGGUGGUGAAGGGACCGGAAUGGAGGGGUUGUACAACUCAGUUGGACCGGUGGUGGAGCCGGUUCAGAUAGUUCGGCUGUUUGGGGUGAACAUUCUGAAAAUGCCGGCGUCGGAUUCUGUUGGUGGGAGCUGCCACGGCAAGAGGAAAGAGAUGGAGCUGUUAACGUUAGAGUUUAGCAAGAACCGAAAUAAUUGGAGCUUUGUAACGUUUGUUUUCAUUUUUAUUUUUGGUGUAAUUUUCUGAAAUUUGAAAUUUUGUGGGGAAGGAAGAAAAGCAGGUGGAGAAAAACAGGGGUGGGGGUAGAAGAGGAAAGUGGUGGUGGUGUUAGUUGCAAAUUGCAAGUUGCAAGUUGCAAAAAAAAGGUGAAUUGUAUAAUAGUAAGAAAGAAGCUGAAAUUAGGUGCAGAAAACAACCUGUAUAAAAAAAAGUGACCCAAAACAAAAAAAAAAACUGUUCAUUCGUAUC